AUGCAAGAGAAAGAAGAACAAGCAACUCCGAUGUUUUAUUACGGAGACUCUGUCUUUAAGGAAGUGAUGCAGUCCGUCAUGGACAAAGCGUGGAUCGCUGAGUGGGAAAAAUUGGAUCUACGCGUGAAAAAUCGAAAGUCGGCAGAUUUGGAAGAAUUUUCAAAUGGGUUAAAGGAGCUGUCCUCUUUCUACAAUUCUGUUUGGCUCAAAAACGUCAUCAAGAAGUGCUGCGGAGACUUGUUCGACUCGCUCAAGGUGCUGCUGGAGAAGCUUUAUGAUUGUCGCAUCGAGUGGCAGUACGGCGUAGCGGACUUCUCGACGCUCAAGACGAUGGCUAUAUCCAAGCGUCAGUACCUCCCCAUUCUCAUCUUCGGUCUGCUUCCCAAGCUGAGCGAUGUUCUGCAGAAGCAGGAGCGAACGCACAACGUGGAGAUUUUCUUCGAGACGGACAUUCUGCGCAAGUGCAUUUUCAUGCUCAUGUCGCUGCACAAAUACAACGUUUUCGACGCGCAGAACCCCUCCGAGAUUCCGUCCUUCUCCAUCCAGCUCUCCGACGACUCCAUCAAGAUCAUAUUCGACUUCAUCUACACUUUGGCAUCCCACAACGUUCGUCCCCAGGACCUCAAGACGAUUCUUCUCCCGUUCCGCCUGGGCACCUUCGCGAGCGAGGCCGACGAAAACAAACCCGGCGUGUUCCGUUCCGGCGAUUAUCUGGGAACGCUGCUUCGCAUUUCGCAGUCGUCCACGUCGCCUCCCUCGUUUUUCUCGUGGAACCAGCCCGCGACGGGGAUCGUCGCGAUGCCCCCCGGCGCGUGGCCGAAGAACGGGUUCGCGUUCUUCGCGUGGGUCUGCGUGGAGAGCUUCUCGCAGGCGGGAAGUCGCGUGCCUCUGUUUGGUUUGGGUGGCGCUGUGAGAUUCUAUGUGCAGAACGCGGGCAAUCGGCAUUGGAGCGUCUCGCUGGACGUGGAUUCGCUGGUGGUCGCGAGCAUGGACGAGAAGCGGCAGAUCAGCCAGGUGAACGCGGAGGUGAAGGUGAAGGAGAACGUGUGGACGUGGAUCGGCGUGAUGGAGACGAAGCGAAGCAUGUGGCGCAGCACGGUGAGCGUGUGGGUCAACGGCGAGUGCGUGAAGGAGGACAAGAUGGACUACUUCGAGGCGCUGGAGGGCUACCAGCUCUGGUUCGCGCACGAUCCGAACGAAAACCAAGCGAGUGUCGCGGAACACGAGUAG